GGAAAUCAAAGACACGCACACGAAAGUUGCAAAUGCAAGUGCCAUAAGUGCUGCUAACCUACCCUAUUCAUGGAGGCCCCCUCCUCCUCAACUGCCCUCCGCUCUUUCUCAAUAAAUGCUUCUUUUUACCUUUAAAUAUUCCUUCCCAUUUCUCUUUCUUCUCUCCUUGUCACAUUCUCAGAAAACAACUCAUCCUUUUUGCGCGAAAAUGAAAUCCUUCGCUAGCUUCUUUCUCCUAGCUCUUUUGCUUGUUGCGUGUUCACUGUCCGUUGCAACCCAACCCGAACCCGACCCAGACCAGUCCACAAAAGGCAAACCCACCAACCAAAACAACAGAGCUGGUGGAAAUGAUGGUGGGAUGGGCGGGUUCUUUGGACCCGGACCCGGGUUUGGUAUACCCGGAUUUGAUAAAGGGUGGGGAAAUAUUGGUGGCGGGUAUGGUGCUGGGUAUGGUGGUCCUAAAGGAGGGUACUCUAGAGAUGGUGUUGUGAGGCCCAGUGUGGUGUGCAAAGAGAGAGGCCCGUGUUAUAAGAAGAAGCUGACUUGCCCAGCCAAGUGUUUCACCUCUCACAGCCGGUCAGGGAAGGGCUAUGGAGGAGGAGGUGGUGGUGGUGGGUGCACCCUAGAUUGUAAGAAGUGUGUUGCUUAUUGCUAGAGGGAGUUGAUGUGGUAUUGGAUUAUGGCGUGGCAACCAGUAGCUGGUAAUAGUUCUUCUACUAUUAUUAGUGAUAAAAGUAUUUAAUCAUGCAGUGUAAUGUUGAAUACUAUAUACUACUAUAUUAAAUAACAUGGAGCAUGAUACAUGCGGUGCUCGAGUUUAUAAAA